AUGACUAUGACGGAACUCGAUCGACCAACGGACUCCACGGAAAUUGAGGUGGAUGCCGAUGCCAGCUCACCAAGUGACGUCGACAGCAUUCGCAGUGAUCUGACCUCGUUGAGCGAGUCCAUCUAUAGCUAUGUAUACGAAAAUGGUCGUACCUACCACGCCUAUGGGUCUGGGUCUUAUAUUCUUCCCAACGAUGAACGAGAGCAAGAAAGAUUGGACGUUAUGCAUCAUGUUUUUCGCCUCUGUCUUGACGGCAAUCUGUGCCAGACAAAGUUGGAGCACCCACAACGCAUACUCGAUAUUGGCACGGGCACGGGAAUCUGGGCUGUCGACAUCGCGGAUGAGUUCCCAUCGGCAGAGGUGACGGGAGUGGACCUUUCUCCAAUCCAACCGGGCUGGAUACCACCCAAUCUUUCUUUUAUUAUUGAUGAUGUGACGCGAGAAUGGAGUUUCCAACCCGAGUCAUUUGACUUUAUCCACGUGCGAUGUUUCGGUGGAAGUAUAGAGGAUUGGUCGACAUUUCUGAAACAAUGCUACCAGUACCUCAAGCCCGGUGGACGAAUCGAGGUUGCCGAAUCUCGCGCCAAACUAUAUUGCGACGAUGGAUCAUGUCCGGAAGACAGCUAUUUGUACGAAUGGGAGCGCGAGUUCAAUCGAAUCACCGAGAUACAGGGACGAGUGUGGGAUAUCGCCCCACAGCUUCCCAGCCUUCUCCGAGAAGCUUCUUUUGAAUCCGUCGACACGAUCGAACAUGUCUGCCCGUUCGGCACGUGGCCCAAAGACCCGAAGUUGAAAGAAGUGGGUCGAUACUUCAGAGCGCAAAUGAUCGAGGGCGCCAUGGAAAGCUAUUCUCUCGCCCUGUUCACAAGAUUUGGAGGCUGGAAACCAGUCGAGGUGCAAGUUUUGCUGGCGCAUAUGCGUGCAGAGCUUCAAUCGAAUAAAAUCCACGCUUAUUCAAAACUUAGUUUUAACACGGCCCAAAAGCCUAUGGCAUAG